CGGACACUGUUGAGACUGCCGAGGGCGAUGUGGCAAAGGCAGUGGCUGGACCACCCGAUGGGGUGGGGGUUGACACCUCUCCACGAUCGGGGCUGGAGGAGGGGUUCUUCUUGCUGGCCAUGAUGGUGGCUGAGCAAAUGGAGGAGUGGGUGAUUGUGCGCGUCGGGAUGGAAGUGGAGGAGGGAGAGUGCAGUGGAGAUGCGAGGGACGGCGAGAGGGGGUCUAGGCGUGAGGCUCCCAGACUUGUCGCUCAGGCCUCUUGGGGCUUUGGUGGGGGGGGGGGGGGGGGGGGGCGUGCAGGGCGUGUGCUAAAGAGGAGGAGGAGAUGCAAUGGGAGGUUGGUGAUGGUGGGCGUGGAGGUGGAGUGUGACGGUUGUGGAGUGUAGUGGUGAAAUGCUAAGAGGGAGAGGGGAGAUGCGAGGAGAUGUGAGGGGAGGAGGGGAUAGAUGAGGAUGAGGAUGAGGAUGGAGAUGGAGAGUGGACAC